AAGCGCGUGUCCAUUUAAACGGCGCGACCGUUGCUACGCAGAGCGCACGGCAAUGGCGCAUUUGUAAAUAUUAUCGCAUUUAAAUUCGGAAGACGGUUGUGUUGUUUGCGCGCGUUGUUUACGUGACUUGCUGUCGUCGGACGUGUAACGUGCGGGACAGUAAAUAGGAAUCGUCCUAUUUACUCGCGCGACGCUUGUGGAGAUGGUACAGCGAGUGUAAUGUUCAUCUGUCGUAAUUAUUACGUCAACAGUAACCGUGAAACGGAUAACUCAUCAGUUCAGCGACACACCGUCUAUUUUUAACGGAGGACUGCAUCGAUAGCUCCAGGACUAGAAAUAAUUUCGAGAUCGCUGUCUCUCGUUCAAGUAGGAAAUUGAAUAUAAUGCAACUCAAAAUGCUCCUCUUGUCAAUAUUCGUGACUUUGGUUACUUGUGGACUUGGCGGUGCGUCUGUGUUGGAUUGGAUAUGGACAACGAAAGCGGAUGACACGACUGUCCUAGUUGCUGACGGCGUGCCUCUGGUCUCGAUUCCUUAUGAAUCCAUGACGGAGGAUGAGAAGUUUCUCCGGGAGGCCGCCAAGCUCACGGAUAUCCAGGUGUCCUCUCCGUUGGAGACCUGUCAGCAUAAGGUCAUCAUGAAGAUUAGAACCUCCUGCUCUGACAUGACAGAGGAACAGUUGGCCAAGCUGAGUGUUAAUCUGCUCAACUGUCAAUCAGCAGUUGAAGGCAGAAAGACAUUCCCUUGUACUGAAGAAAUGUCUCUUAAACAGUGCACAACAGACAUGGAUGCUGACAUGUGGAAUGCGUAUCACUUAAUGAGUAAUAGAGCUAGGGCGGUUUGUUAUGCAGCUCGGAGUACACAGUUUCGUGCUCUCACAGAAUUAACUGUCAACAAACUGAUGCAGUCUGCACAUUCUCAAAUUGAUGCACUGCAGUCCUUGAGAAAAAAUCAAGAUCGCCUGGAGGAACAAACAACGGAGGCUUUGUCAUCGUUGUCCGAAGGGAAUAAGGCACUCUUGGAGCAGCAGCGAUACCUGAAGGCUGCUCAGACGACAGCCCACAAUCUUGUAACGACAAAUCUAAGGGAAUUGACUAACGAGAAGGCAUUGAUACGAUCUGGACACGCACAGCUUGCGGUUAUGGCAGCAGACAUAAGGGACAAAUUAGAUAAAGCACAUAAGGACCUGGAGCUGCAGGCUGUAGAGCGUGAAGAGAAUCAUCAGGAAAUAUUGCAAGACUUGAUCAACAUACAGGAACAAGCGCAGUCGAUCUGGGAGAAGGUAGAAUCCAGUUCCAGCCAUAUAUUGGAGCAGCACAAGGAAACCAUCGAGCAGUACGAACAGACUCUGCAGAAGCUCGCGCAAAUUAACGAUACGAUUCAGUACAUCUGGAAUCUUACUAAUGCCAUGCGCGCUGAAGUAGACGAGAAGUUAGGCUGGAUUACCAACUACAUCGGCGAUACCGGUGAACAAAUGCAGAGGAUGUAUCGCACGUUUUUACAUGUCGCGUACUUGUUAGUGGCGAUGAUAGUCGCCGCGUUUUUACAAGCGCCGUUUUUAACAAGAGCCACCAUCAUGAGCAUCCUACCAGUAAAUCUCAUAACUUACUGGAAACGUGGCCCGGAGGUGUCACUAGACUUUAUAUCUAUGACAGUGUUAAUAUUCUUGAUCACAGCAAUGCAUUUUGUGAUGCUGGGCAUACAACGUGCUUUCGGAGCUAUCGGCCCAACGGCGAGGGUAGAAGAGCCAGUUAAAUUGAUCAAUCGGAACGAACAUGUGAACGGAGAUGUGCACGAAUACGCGUCAUCGUCGUAUUCUAAUUUCAUAUCGAACAUGCGAUUGCACACGAGACUAAUGGAGCAAACACAGAGGCUGUACGAUUUCGUCGUUUCGCAACUAAAUCGCUGCAGAGAGAUCGUCAGUGCCUUGAUACAGUCUACCGUUUUGCGGCCUCGACGCAGCCUAAACUCGCGCGAGGAGCUGUCCUGCUCAUACCAGCCAUCGAUGAAGAAACGCGAGGACGUUGUUUAUGUCAGCCAACAGACCCCGUGCAUGACAUCGGACGAUGACAUCGGGAUGCAAUCCACGAUGGACUGCGACUGUUCUAGCAUCUCCAGCACGAGGAACUAUAAUGACGAUCACAAUGGAGACGGUAUCAGUGACAUGGUGGACGCUCAUGAAUUAAAGCGUCGUCUGGGAAGGAUAAACUCGAGAAGCUCCACGCCGUCGUACGUGUCACCGAAAAUUCACUGCUUGGGAGUAACGAGGACCGGCAAGAGAUGUCGGUUGUUUGCCUCACCCGGCCAAUACUACUGCUAUCGUCAUACCACCGGCACGUCUAUCGCGGGCGACUAUCUCAAUUGAGCUGUGCAAGUGUUGGCAAGUAUUUAGUUAUGUAAUUUUAUUGUAUUAUAUAAGAAUACGCAUUCAAGAGUACAAAUCUAUGAUGUAAAUAAUCUUGUAAUACUUGUACGAAAAUAUGUAAAUUAUUAUGAGAAUACGAA